AAUAAUGCGGGCGGCCGCUGAUUAUUUUUCUACUCAAAUUCCGAGCGCACGUGAAAAGUCCACCUUCACCUGCAUUGCUUCGCAUACAUGUGCUGCACAAACUAACGCAAUUAGCGGCCGUCAACGAUAGCAAAAGAUUGAAAUAUUGCGGCGGUGAUGCGCGAAUUCGGCCGCUGCGAGUCGCGGCAGGCGGCGGGAGCGGUGGCGGGGGUGGAUGCUUGCCGUUCGCGGUGCCGUGAAAAUCGUCACGGUCAAACCCUUGACCCGGCAGCAGGGCAGAAGAGCCACCGCCGCCGCCGCCGACGCUGCUGCUGCUGAUUACCCGCCGCUGCCGUCGUAUAAAUGCGUAACUCGCCGCCAAACUGGCACAUUCGACAACCGAUUUUCAUCUCACCACCAUGGUACCUCUCGCUUUUUGGUCACUCGCGGUCCUGCUGCUCGUGCAGGUGCACGCACGCACCUCGCCUGUGCUGCCGCAAGGAUCGCAUAACUUGCAGCCCAUGUUCAACUCCGAGGCGGAAAUUCCUUCGUGGGUGCUGAUGCACUACAGCGUGAGGGACAUCAGUGACUUCAUCUCGAUCAAGAACGCGACUGGCAUCAGCAGGGACGACAAAGGAAUCCUCUCCAACUUGUGGAACUGGAUUUUCAGCGGCUCCGGCAGCACGUCUGGAACCACCGUCGGCAGCGGCACAAACCCCGACAGCGCUGGGGUGUCCGUAGAGGACGUGGAGACGACCGGCCCGGCUGUCAACUUUCCUACUUGCGAUUGCAAAUGCGGCGUGGCCAAAACCCUCAGGAUCGUUGGUGGCCAGGAAACCAAAGUCAAUAUGUACUCCUGGAUGGCGGUUUUGAACUACGACGGCCGGUUCUACUGCGGAGGAACCUUGAUCAACAAGAGAUACAUCCUCACGGCAGCUCACUGCGUCAAAGGAUUUACCGCCAAUCGCAUGGGAAUCAGACUGAUGGAGCACAACCGCGACACCUCCUCAGAAACCAAACCGAUCGACCGAAGCGUCUCCAAAAUCAUCUACCACAACAAAUACAACCCAAACACCUUCAACAACGAUAUUGCCCUGCUCAGGAUGGACAAGGAGGUGCCGAUCAAGGGUGACCUCUACCCCGCCUGCCUGCCAACUCCUGGCAAACGAUACACAAAUGAAAACGCUUUAGUCACUGGCUGGGGCAAGACUGCCGAGAACCGUCCUACAUCGCCCGUCCUCAGGGAAGUCACCGUGCCAAUCAUGUCCAAUACAAAGUGCUCCGGAUUCUACGGAACCAGCCAAAUCACCGAAAAUAUGAUCUGCGCCGGACUUCCUGAAGGAGGAAAGGACUCUUGCCAGGGAGACAGUGGUGGCCCUAUGGUUGUGAAGAACGAGUCUGUUUACCAAAUCGUCGGUGUGGUUUCUUGGGGUGAGGGAUGUGCCAGACCAAAGAACCCCGGUGUGUACGCAAGGGUGAACAGGUACCUGACUUGGAUCAAGAGCAACACGCCUGACUCGUGUUUCUCGAUUAAUGUGUUAAAGGCGCUUCCUGAGCUGAUAAAAAUGCAUCUAUCACUAUUUAAGUACGGUUUUCUUUUCGCUUGCUUCUACCUAAGCUCGGGACUGAGAAUUUUCAGUCCAUCCAGUAUUGGAACUAGGUACUUUAAAGACCAUCAACCUGGAAUCAUCACAGAUCAUGGCAUUGAGCAACCUGAGCAUUCCAACAACCAAUUGGUCCACUCAAGGGAUUGGCACGCAAGAAAUAACGUGCCCUUUCCGGAUCGCUACUAUAGCUACAACAGCAUUGUCACAUCAAAACCGAUCUUGCGGCCGGCCACCAAAAAACCCACCCAACUUUUGGCGAGCUGGUUCAACAAGAAAACAACCAAAAAACCAUUCUCCUCAACGUCAGUAGUCAGCCGGCCAAACCAAAAUGACAUUGUCAUCAAUAAUUGGAAAACGAUCUCGAAGCCGAAUUCAAAGCCGAUCUUUCCAUUCAAAAAGCCGCAGUGUUCCUGUGAAUGCGGUGUGAAGCACGACGCUUUCAAGGCUGCAGAUCCUCUGGGACCGCAACCCAUCAUCGGCGGGAAGGAAGCACUGCUGCACGAAUUUCCGUGGGUUGUUAGGAUGGCAGAGCAAGGUCACACUUUUUGUGGUGGUGCUCUGAUAAACAACGAGUAUGUCCUGACUGCUGCUCACUGCGUGGUUAGUCGUAUGAAAGAGCAAGUCCAAGUUGUGAUCGGCGACCACGACCAAACAACGACCCGGGAAACGAUCCAUACCCUCAUGAGAGCGGUGUCAGCAAUUACCAUCCACGAAAGGUACAACGCGGAGAACCACACGAACGACAUUGCUCUGUUGAAGCUGAGUAAACCCGUCAAAUUCAGCGUCGGCGUGAGGGCGGCGUGUUUGCCAGGCUCGGCAAUGAAAGACCCACCCGCGAGAAGCGGCCAGAUUGCCGGAUGGGGCAGGGUGGGCGAGAAGGGCAAGGGCUCUGAAAAGAUUCUGAAGGUCGAGAUCCCGAUUUUGUCGCAGCAGCAGUGCAGGAGCAUGAAGCUCAGACCCUCCAUGAUCACUGAUGACAUGCUGUGCGCUGGUGAAGUCAAUAAGGACUCUUGCCGGGAUGACAGCGGCGGCCCACUUAUCGUGCAAAACUCGCAGACUGGGAAGCACGAAGUUCACGGCGUCGUUUCUUGGGGCAUUGGCUGCGGCCGCGAAGGCUAUCCUGGCAUUUACACAAGAGUUUCCCAGUACAGGGGCUGGCUCAAGUCUAAAAUGUCCAACACCUUCGAUGCAGUGGGAAUUUUUGUCUAUCGACCUGUGUCCUACAUCAUUUGCAAACACUCACGCGCACCAGCUGUGUGUGUCAAAGUGGUGAGGAUCAAGGGCAUGGGCGCUUGAAGGAGGAGCUCGCCGCGAAGAGAGGAGCCACCAAAUUAGAGGGAGUUUUAGAUGGAUGUCAUUGCUGGGGGCUUGAAGGUUAUUGGGGCAUAACUUUGUUUUACCAUAGGGAGGAAAAGCUACCCUCCUGACUGAUACUAAGCGCCAGAAGGAGUUGGACCGGGAACGAGGAGGAGCCUGACGCAUGGAGGAGAGAUGACCGUAUAAAACCCCGGUCAGAAGGUGGAAAGAGGAGAAACGUGGUCCGCGUGCAUACCAAGCCAGGAUCAUUCUGCACGUUCGGUAAGGUAGGAGUCUCUUUUUGGAGGGCGCGCGCAGGCUAGCCGAGGACAUCCGCCGCAGGGCCACGCUGAGGACCAUUAGGAAGGGUUUUCGGCAGCAAGUUAGGGAUCGUCACUGAGUUAUUUGGCGUGGCAGAGCGGACUUGGGGUUUAUGGUCAGCGAUAUUUUUUAGGAGGCAGUUUCGGCUAAAUGCAAAUCCUUGGGAAUAUUAUGUCUAAUUUUCUUGUGAGCGCGGAAUUAGCAUUAAAUAAAGUUCAUUUCGUUAAUGUCUGCGGGUCUGAAUUUUUGCACCCUUGUCAUUUUUGGAAUUAUUGUUCUGGGGGAAUUAUUGGAAUUUCUUUUUUUGGCAUUUGGAGAACCCACUUGCGGAGAGAGGAGGAGCGAGCUGAAGCAUCUAGGAAAUGUCUUGGAGCUACUUUUUGGAAUUUAAGCGAGUCUUUGAAUUCUUUUUCCUUCUCUUUGCGCAAACAAAAGAAAGAGAAAUGCCACAGCUUAGGCAAAUUAGCACAUUUGAAUAUAUUGUUGGGCAAGCAGCCUGUGAUGGCCAAAUGUCAUUAUUCAAAUUAUUUCGUUAGAAAUAAAGGAUGCCAGCCUUUUUAUUAAAAUUCUAACCUUAAAUAAGCAAAAGGUAACGCAACUCAUUUCUUGUACAGAAUUUAAUUAAAUGAGGGUUCAAGGGUUUGCUGCGGCUAUCCGAUUCGUCAAUUCAUACAACACAAAGUUCACAUUUCUGGGUGAAAAAGAAAAUGAAACCAGCGACAAUUUGAGAAAAUGAAAAAAAUACUGUUGCCGGUUCAUAACAAAAGACUACUGCUGCUUCUUUUGGCUGGUAGCAUUUUUCACCCGCACACAAAAUAUGCCAAUAGUGCCUUUUCUUCACGUCAGGAAUAAGUCCAGUUAUAAGCCAAAAAUCUAAGCCUAGAAUUAAGUAUUGUUCAAUUUUAGGGACCACUAACGCCGAAAUAAAAAAAGAUUUACUGUCCAAAAUGAUAUGGGUAAAUCUGUGCUUCCUAUCACUUCAUUAUAUAUUAAAAUUUAAACGAUGAUGUGGUGUUGCGUAGGCAAAAAGACGGCCGAGUGACGUUAUUUUGACUCGAUCAAUGAUCGCGGCUGCCAGGAGCACAUAACUCAGCAGGCUGGCUCUUUCGCGCCGCUUACGUCUUUCGCAGCAGACGAUCUUCGCGGAACUAAUCUUGAAUCAGAGCCCGUGGGAACCUUUCUCGCCGAAAUUGGGUCGACACCCGAUUUUUUUUUUAUUACGUGUUCAGGAAAUAACGACCUAUAUUUAAUAUUUUUACCAGUAUUCUACUUGAAAAUUUUUUAAAUUUCUUUUCCGCAGGUGUGGUUUCUUGGGGUGAGGGAUAUGCCAGACCAAAGAACCCCGGUGUGUACGCAAGGGUGGAUCAAGAGCAACACGCUCGACUCGUGUUUCUCCACGGAAUAAGUCAGAGGACAAAUUAAAAUUAUUUUAUUCUUAUAGCGAUAGUGUUAAUGUGUUAUAGGCGCUUCCU